UUUACUAGCUGGACAAUGUUCUUGAAUCUUUUUCAGGGUUCAGCUGAUCCCUUAAACAGUGCAUUCCACCUGACCUACAACAUGGUAUUGAACUUGCUUCGAGUAGAAGAAAUUAACCCUGAAUACAUGUUAGAGAAGUCAUUCUAUCAGUUUCAACAUUACAGAGCUAUUCCAGGAGUGGUAGAAAAGGUGAAUAAAUUGGAAGAACAGUAUAACAAAAUAGUAAUUCCCAAUGAAGAAAAUGUGGUCAUAUACUAUAAAAUCCGACAGCAGCUUGCAAAACUGGGUAAAGAGAUUGAAGAAUAUAUUCACAAGCCCAAGUAUUGCUUGCCCUUUCUACAGCCAGGAAGACUGGUAAAGGUGAAAAAUGAAGAUGAUGACUUUGGAUGGGGAGUGGUUGUUAAUUUCUCAAAGAAAUCCAAUGUUAAGCCUAAUUCUGGUGAGUUGGACCCAUUGUAUGUAGUUGAAGUGCUCCUGCACUGCAGCAAAGAGAGUCUGAAAAAUUCUGCUACUGAGGCUGCAAAGCCAGCAAGACCUGAUGAGAAAGGAGAGAUGCAGGUUGUUCCUGUUCUGGUACAUCUCCUCUCGGCCAUCAGCAGUGUCAGACUUUACAUACCGAAAGACCUGAGGCCUAUUGACAACAGGCAAAGUGUGCUGAAAUCUAUACAGGAAGUACAGAAGCGAUUUCCUGAUGGGAUACCACUGUUAGAUCCCAUUGAUGACAUGGGUAUCAAAGAUCAAGGACUGAAAAAAGUCAUCCAGAAAGUAGAAGCAUUUGAGCAUAGGAUGUAUUCGCAUCCUCUUCAUAAUGAUCCCAAUUUAGAAACUAUAUAUAAACUUUGUGAAAGAAAAGCACAGAUUGCCAUGGAUAUUAAAGCAGCAAAGCGAGAACUGAAAAGGGCCAGAACUGUCUUACAAAUGGAUGAACUCAAAUGCCGCAAGCGUGUUUUGAGAAGGCUGGGGUUUGCCACAUCUUCCGAUGUCAUUGAGAUGAAAGGACGUGUUGCCUGUGAAAUCAGCAGUGCUGAUGAACUUCUCCUGACCGAAAUGAUGUUUAAUGGGCUCUUCAAUGACUUAUCUGCAGAUCAGGCAACUGCGCUGCUAAGCUGUUUUGUCUUUCAGGAGAACUCCAAUGAAAUGCCAAAACUGACAGAGCAGCUGGCAGGACCACUUCGACAAAUGCAGGAGUGUGCUAAAAGGAUCGCCAGGGUAUCAGCAGAAGCAAAACUGGAAAUUGAUGAAGAAAAUUACUUAAAUUCUUUCAGACCCAAUCUCAUGGAUGUUGUAUACACAUGGGCAAAUGGAGCUAGCUUUGCUCACAUUUGCAAGAUGACUGAUGUCUUUGAAGGUAGCAUAAUUCGGUGUAUGAGAAGGCUAGAAGAAUUACUUCGGCAAAUGUGUCAGGCAGCAAAAGCAAUUGGAAACACAGAGCUGGAAAAUAAGUUUGCAGAGGGUAUUACAAAAAUCAAGAGAGAUAUUGUGUUUGCAGCAAGCCUUUACCUGUAACAAAGUUCAUCAGCUUCACAUACCAUCUUGAGUCAAGACAUUGUAUUAAUUGUAUUUAAACCACAAUAAUUUCAACAAGGCAUGUACAAACAGCAGUGUACAUGAUAAGUGUUACCACAUUCAUAAUAAAAAUUUACAGAUUUACUA